CAAGUAUUGGAGAUGGGCCUUAUUUCCUUUAAACCUCAAAUUGAUAUAUAGUGACAUGCACAAAUAGAUCAUUUAAUUUGGAAGGUGUGGCCAAAAGAUGAACUCCACAUAACUGUGACAGAGAAUAGCUCUAGAAUGAUAAGUGGAUCCCACAGAUAUCAUAAUAAUGAUAAGUGGGUCCCACAGAUAUCAUGAUCUCAUUAGCCUUGCAAUUCAGAAUCCCCCCUACUUCCUUAUUCCUUGAUUCUCAUAAUUAACACCAAGAAAAUCCCCAAAAAAGGAAGAGAACAGUAAAAGAAUAUCCAUGGCAACAGCAGUAGGAGCAGCAACAAUAACUACAGCAAUCAAACUUCGUAAUUCGAUCUUGAAUCCUUCUUCUUCACUUCAACAAUGCAUCAGUUUCAGCAGCAACAACUGCAAAUCAUUCGACUUUGUUUCCUCGUCGAGCAAUAAUGGAAGCAAGAGACGGGCAGGAGUCCGAUGUAUGGCAGUGACAGAAGCAGCAGAGACGAAAAAGAGCAGUAGAAGCAAGUUUGAGAUCGAAACACUUACUAGUUGGCUGCUUAAACAGGAACAAGCAGGCACAAUUGAUGCAGAACUUACAAUUGUUUUGUCUAGCAUUUCAAUAGCUUGUAAGCAGAUUGCUGCCUUGGUUCAAAGAGCUGGUAUUUCUAAUCUUACUGGUGUUCAAGGUGCUGUAAAUGUCCAAGGAGAGGAUCAAAAGAAGCUUGAUGUUGUCUCUAAUGAGGUGUUUUCAAGUUGCUUGAGAUCAAGUGGAAGAACAGGAAUAAUAGCAUCAGAAGAGGAGGAUGUACCAGUAGCAGUGGAAGAGAGCUACUCAGGAAACUAUAUUGUUGUGUUUGAUCCUCUUGAUGGUUCUUCUAACAUUGAUGCAGCUGUCUCUACUGGUUCCAUUUUUGGCAUUUACAGCCCUAAUGAUGAGUGCAUUGUGGAAUCUGAUGAUGAAGCUGAUGAGCUAAGUGCAGAAGAACAGAGAUGUGUAGUGAAUGUUUGUCAGCCAGGAGAUAACCUUCUAGCAGCAGGGUAUUGUAUGUACUCAAGCUCUGUGAUCUUUGUACUUACAAUUGGAAAUGGGGUGUACUCAUUUACAUUAGAUCCCAUGUAUGGAGAAUUCAUACUCACCCAAGAAAAGAUCCAGAUCCCCAAAGCAGGAAAAAUCUAUGCUUUCAAUGAAGGAAACUACCAACUUUGGGAUGACAAGUUGAAGAAGUACAUUGAUGAUCUUAAGGACCCAGGACCCAGUGGAAAGCCUUACUCUGCUAGGUACAUUGGAAGUUUGGUUGGGGACUUUCAUAGGACACUUUUAUAUGGAGGCAUUUAUGGGUACCCUAGGGACAAGAAGAGCAAAAAUGGGAAGUUGAGGCUCUUGUAUGAAUGUGCACCUAUGAGCUUCAUCGUCGAGCAAGCCGGAGGUAAAGGUUCCGAUGGCCAUCACCGAAUACUAGAUAUUCAACCAGCGGAGAUUCAUCAACGUGUACCACUCUACAUUGGGAGCGUGGAGGAAGUAGAGAAACUCGAGAAGUAUCUAGCUUAAUUAUUCAAUAAACAAGCCAAAUAAAAUUUGGAAAUGUGUUUAUAGUUUUUUUGGAGAAACAUAUUAUAAGCAUCAAAUGAUAAAAAGAAGGUCCAUUCAAUUUUGAGAA